UGUGACUUAUCAGCGCCAGUAAACAAUUGUCUGUCAGCACUAGCGCAAUGUUCUACGCUUGCCAGUGUCUAAGUCAAAUAGUUCGAAUGCUGACUUAGUUUUUCUAACAAAAACAAUAAAAAACAAACUGCUACGAUUAAGCACGGCACGCUAUAAUUCUUUUAAGACUUUAUAAAUGUAGUCUAAAUAUUUUUCGAACUUUACUUGAUUGAAUUGAAUAAAAAAAAACUUGUUUAAACGGCUGAUUUUGCUGGCGAUACGAAGGCGACGGUGUUAUUUAGUGUGUUAGAAGUGUGAAAUUGUGCAAAAUCUGUAGAAAGUAAAACUUUGAAGAGUUAAAGCCAAUUAAUUACAAAAAAUAUGAAACAAAAACUAAAUGAAAAAUAGGCCUUUGCAACAAAGUUGAAACCAAAAAAUUGUAAAAACUAAAAACAGAAAACGGCCGAUUUCAAACCAAAAAAUAUUGCUGUCAUCAUAGGCACAAUCAGAAAACAAAAAAAAAAAAAAAAACAAAAAAAAACUUAAGCCACGGUAAAAUUGGCGCAUGCGCCUUGAUGUACAAUUUAACGGUGUUGCAGAUUAUCGCAGUGUGUUGAAACGAACAAGACGAGGUGAAUUAAAAGCGGCGAAAAUAUUAAAAGCAGAAGACGUGAACAUUUAACGCGGCUAAGGUGACUGUGCAAAAUAAAAAAGAUAUGAAAAAAAUUGAAAAAUUAUUUAAAACUAUUAUUUUAUAAAAAACAUUUUAACACUAUAAAGCAAUUCUGUUUUUAGUUUGACUAAAAUGUGCAAAUAAACCGUCAGAAAUGCUAAACGAAAAACAUAUAACAGUUUUUAUAAAAUGAAAGCAGCAUCAAAUAGAAAUUAGUUCAGUUAAAUAAGUGAGAUUUGAAGAAAAUAAUAAUAUCUGCUGUUUCGCCGUAACCUCUACUAUUUUUUGGUGCAUCUUUCUUAAGUAUUUUACGCUCUCUCUUGACUCUUCCAUAUAAUCAUUUAGAUUUUUUUCUUUUUAUAAUUUCUAACUCGCACAGUGAUUCUCCACAUCAGCUGUGCUUUUCGCAUAAUCAUUAUUAAGGUAAAGAAAAACCAAAAAACUACAACAAAAAUAACAACAACAAAUAAUUUUACAAAAAAAAUUUUGCAUUGCAAAUUGAAAAAUUUCCAUUUGAGUGAAGAAAAAAUGGUGUACAAAUCAGCGGUGAACAAGAAGCAAACAUUUUUGGAAAACCAACGACAAAAACAAUAGUAAAAGCUAGAAAAAACUAAGCUAAGUUGCGAUUAACACUUUGUCACACCAGAGUGAGGCAUUUGCUAAACCAAAAGUGUCGCAGCAAGGAAGAAAGAAACAAAGAAACGUAAAAAAAAAAUUUUUGGAAAAAAAACAAAAACAAAAAAAUUAUAACUAAAUAAAAUAAAAUUUUCAAAACGAAAAAAUAUAUGAAAAACGUAAAAGAACAAAAUAUGUAAAUUUUCUAAAAUAGCAACAAAAAAAAAAUAAAAAAGAAUACAUAAAAAUUAUAAUUUACAAGUGCAAAACUUGCGAAAAUUAAAAACAAAUUGCCGAAAGAUAUAAAAUAAUUAUUAAAGUUUUUUACUUUUUUCUUGUGUGACAACAAUUGAAAGCGAAAAUUGUGAAAGAAACCAAAUAAAAUCACACAAAAAGGUAACAAAACAAACAUAAAAAAUUAAAGAAAAAAAAAACAAAAUUAUAACAACAAAAAAAGCCGCCGAAAAAGAUAAACACAACAUUGACUCACGUGCCCCCAUUGAUCGUUCGCACUCUUGCCGUCGCCGCAGCGGCCACUACGAAAGCGCUCUGUUGAUCGCGCGCACGUGCCUUCUUCACUCAAUGAUCAUCGCUUCGUUUGUGUCUACUGCUUGUUUUUCCUUCCUUUUUAUUGUUUUUUCUUGACUUUUUUGCGGCACUUUUGCUGCUGUGCUGCAUGCAGGUGCUGUGGCAGCAGUCGUUUGAGUUUUUCGGCAGCCGAACAAAAACAUAAAAACCAGCAACAAAAUUAAAUAGCAACAAAAUAUAGAGAACAACCGUUAGUGCAAUAAGCAGCGUCGCGCAGUAAAGUGCAGAAACCGCGUUGGUUGUUUGCUGCAUAGUGCUUUUGUGCGCAAUUAAGUCAUUAAAACUACAACGCGCAGCAACAAACACAAACCAACAACUUGGUGACGGCAGCAUAACGAAUUCGAUAAAUUUUCAAGUUUCGAACGAAGCGUGCGCGUAUAAUUUAAAGAAAUAUAUAUAAAUAUAUAUAAACGAAUAUUAAUAACCGUUUUAACCGCAACAUCUGCUUACUUCGAGACACUUUUGACCAAUAUGUAAAUAUUAGCGGCUGAAAAGUCGUUUCUUCACACCGUUUUUUAAAGUCUCAUUCAUUCAAAAAUUUCAAAAUAUAAAAAUAAUAAAUAAUAAUACCGUUAAUGCUUGCGAAUUAACAAUAUUCCAUUUCUUUUUCCCACUAAAGAAAUUAUAAUCAAGUGUUUUAGUUUUUUUCACAAGCACGCGUUUCGAAAUCCCCUUUAAAUUUCUUUUUCCCCCAUUAAUCACUCACAUAAGUGCAAUAAUAAACAUAAAUAAAAUCACUAAAUAAUAUAAUAUUAAUUAAAAUCAUUUAAUCUGUUGUGCAAAGUGAUGAGUUUUAAUACAAAAAUCAAAUAAUAUACAAAACGCACCAAGGUGGCAUCACAUUACAACUUACAACUAAUUACAAGCUAACAAAGAAACGUCUUAACUUCAUUCAUACAACGAUUCUGUGAUAUAAGAACCAAAAGAUGAAGUCGUUGACCUUGCAGCUCAUCACGUUACUUCCGUUGCUGCUGCUGUUGUUGUUGUUACCAACACAACACAGCCAAAAUAUGGUUGACGCAGCGGCGGAAGGGGAGCAGACAACUUCCGCUCACAUCGGUAAGCGUACAACGUCGACAACAACACAACAACCACCAUCGUUGCGUGCGCCGCGACUCAUGCGCACACCGCGCCCUACCACGGUGAUGACGCAUCCGACAGCAAGAACAAAAACAACAACAACCAACAGACCUGCAACACUCAGCGCGUCGAAGCAACAGCCAUUGGCGCAAGCGGCGCGUCGUGCGGCGCCCAACUUCAAAGGCGCUGCAGCAACGACACCGCCAUCAAUACACCGCCCAACACGCGGCGCUGAUGAGAGCGCGCCGACAAAUGUGCGCCAAAAUCGUAGCUUUCUGAGCGCGGCAGCGACGCAGAGCAUACAAAAUGGCAAAGCAGAUGCAGUGGCGCCGAUCGGUAGGAGCGCUGAUGCCAGCAAGACAAACAAACAAAUUGACAGCCGCCAAAUAAAGCGUGUCGCAUACAAGAACAACUAUACAGGCCAAAAACAACAACAAGGCAGCAGCAACAAUAGCAAUUAUCCAAAUGCCAGCGCCGAUGUAGCGCGCACGAGCGCUGUGACAAGCGCAGCUAAAGUGCCGGCAACGGCUUCAUUGUCGCCAUCUGUGACUUCGACAACAACAACCGUUAGCAGCGGCGCGUCACGUACCACGUCAUCAUCAAUUGAUUCCAAAGCAAGCGUUGCGAUGACGAAUCAUCACCAGCAGCCGCCACUCCAGCGCCAGUCAAAACAAAUCGCCAACUUUGCGGCGCGAACCAACGUGCAACGCGAAACGCCAACACUGCAGACAGCCGACAAUGGCGCUGGCACAGCGAAUUCGACGCGUCUGCCGCAGACACCAAAAUCACCACGCAUGAUCCAUCGUCUUGUAGCGGGUCACAUUCAAAAUGCGGAAGGACGUUCCACCUAUCAGGUUUCGGCCAUCACAGCCAACAGCACAACUAGUAAUUCAACAACACAGAAACCCGCAUAUCAAUAUGUGCGCACCAAAGGAGGACAACUGGCCAUGAGCAGUACAUAUCGUUUGAUGAAAGUGAGCACAACUGCUGUCACACCAACGAAUACAGUUACAACUACAACGGCGAUUCCAUUUCAUAUGAAAACCGAACGAAAAGACACCAUAUUGAAUGAUGAUGAUAAUGCAGAUGAUGAAGCAUUGUUGGAGGAUGACGGCGAUUUCGAUAAUUGGGAUAACGGUAUAUUGCGUCUGAGUGCCGGCUCAGGCAAAGAGAACACCGUUAAGUCGAAGAAAAGUAAGGACGAAUCAAAGAAGACACUUUCUGAUCAAGUACGUGAUGGCAAGUAUGGGCUAAUAGAAAAGGAAAUAUUUCGACGACCACCAAAAAGACCCGGUGUUAUUAGUUAUUUACCGAAUAAGGAGACGCCCAUAGAUAAUGAACGCACAUUUGGUGGUCUCAAUGAAGAGGACAUUUGGCUGGCUGAGGAUCAUUUGCUUGUAAUCAAGGGUGGUAAUCUUAAUGAGGGCGAACCGGAUGAACCGUGGCCUCCCAUCGAUGAUUACGAUGCACCCGGUCGACAAAUCAAAAUACCACCAAAUCCAAAAGUCCCGCCACCAUUUCCCGUCCAGCUCGAGGAGAAUGGGCCGCUACAGUUUAUCGGAAAUAAUAAAUUCACGGUCGUCUAUCCGAUCGCUAACGAAUCGAUACCAGUUUAUCCCGCCGGCGCGGAAGCCAACUACCCAUCAACCGAAAGUGACAGUGACAACGAGAAAAAUCUUCUUACCCGGCCGGGAUCGACUCAAGAUACUGCGCAAGGCGAACCGGGUUACAACUACCCGGCACCCUCACCGCCGUGGCUAUAUCACAACCAAACAUUCGUGAAUCCCUUCUUGAAUAAUGCACGACCCAUUACAUUCCCAAAUUUGGGUCCAUUCACUUUUGCACAUAACGGUUCAUUGGACAAUUCGAAUGGUACCGAUUACUUCGAUGAAGAUGAUCCUUCAUUGUAUUACCCGCCCGCAUAUACUUUUGUCUAUAAAAGUAACUACACAAAUCCAGUGCCGCCGGGUCCAUUGGUGCCGGGAAUUGUGCUGCCGCCACCCGCAAAUCAAUUUAGUCGUUUGGAGAAACCAGAAAAAGUGCAUACCCCUUCAAGACAUCGCGGUUAUGGUACACCUGCACCCACUACGAGUACAACAACCACUACCACAAGCACCACCACUACUUCAACAACCACCACCUCAACCACAACUGAGGCGCCUCAACGACCAAAAGUUAUCACGAAAAUACAUCAGUAUUCUCCCAAAACGAUUAUCAUUACACCGGAGCCACCACGUGCCGUGCAACAUGUGCAACCGACCAAACAACCGCCACCACCACCGGCACCCACACCAACUGCGUCACCACCAGAAAUCAUUCAGGCUAUACCUGUGCCUGUGGCAGUACACAUACCCAUCUUCCCGUCCCACAAAUAUCCACAAUCGCGUCCGAAUGCCAUCGCUUAUGAACCGACCACACCGCGUAACAACCAGGAACCACUUUCGAAAUCCAACCCCAUCUACUACGAAUACUUCGAGGCUAAGCGUCAACAUAACGGUGUUACUACAAAUGUUAUCGAUGAUUUCCUCUCCACUACCGAAAAGCCGGUACUGGCUAAACCAAUAAAAUUGUAUGCCACCAGCAAACGGCCCUUCAAAUCACAACCUCAAAACCAACGCAACUUCUUGCCACCACAACUGCAGCCACAACGUCCAUACCUGCCACAAGAUGUGGUCUACAUCACACCCAAACCGGAAGCGGUGCGAUACAAGCGACCACCACAAGUGCCGAUCGAGCCUACCGUCUACAAACCACGUCCGCUGGAGAACUUUGAAGAGGAGGUCAAUGCGAUACGCGAAACACUGCGCUACUACCAAAACCAACAGUUGCGUGAUAACAACAUACCACGCACACCAAAAGCCAAACCUAUAUAUGAGUUCAAUUUCGAUGCAUCAAAGAAUUUGGAGCCGCCACAACCUACAGCGGAUGCUGAAGACUUCCAGCCACCAGCCGAAUAUGAUGAAGCACCAUUCAAGCCAAUGGUCACCUACAGUCCACCUGUAGACGAUGAGAAUUCUUUCCAAGCCAUUAAUGUAGAGAAGGCGAAUGCGCGUCUACAGCAGCAGCAGAAACAGCAAGAAGAGCAAUACUCACAACAACAACAGCAACAAGCGCGUUAUCAAUCAACCACCACACUCGUGCCAAUACAACCCGAUACGCCUUACCAACAAAUACCGCCUCUACCGCAAGGGCGUUCGAAGAAGUUGCGCUUAGGCGCCAAAUAUUUACAACAAACACCACUGCUACCCGAAUACCGCUCAGCCGAACCGGAGCUGCGUCAAUAUCAAGGUAACCAGCGCACACAUGUCACCACGCAGGCGCCUUGGGUCUCACUGAAUCAACAACAAGAGCUGAAUGAGUAUUCCCAGCCGCCGCAGCAGUACCAACGCAUUGAACGGCCACCGGUAGCUUUCGCACCCAAACAACGCGGUUUCAAUGGCUACUACUACGGUGGUCCGGCGCUACAUGCGCGUCAAAACAACCGCUUCUACGAGGAGCCAUUCCAACAGCGGCGUGUCAUCAACUAUCGCCAACCACCGCCGCCGCCACAGCCUAAUUAUCAGCAGCCACAGCAACAACCACAAACGCUGUGGAGCUUAGAGAACGAUACAUAUGUGAAUUAUGCACCAAAUCGGCCACCGCUCAAUCCGGAUGCGGAAUACAUUAAUCCCUAUCAACCGGCCUUACCGCAAAGUCCUUUUCCGCCGCAAUUACAACGCUAUACAGCGCCACAACAACAACCAGGUCCAGCACUAUCACACCAAGCGCAAUACUAUGCGCCACCACAAAUACAACAACAGCAGCGACAGCAACAACAACAGCAACUACCGCCACCACGUCAAUAUCAACCGCAAAUACCGCUGCAUCGUGACAUUUUGGUCAACUACCGGCAGCCAUUGCCGCCCAUCAACCCGGACAGUGAAUACAUAUCACAUCCGCAAGUGGUGCGACCACAAGCCUAUUCACCAUUAUAUCGAGCGAACGGCUUUCAGCGCCUGCCGCCGCAACUGACGGCGACGGGCGAGCAGGACGGUCUCUAUUACAUCGCGCCGAAAUUUCGACGCUCCAAUAAUAGCAACGGUAGUGGUAGAAGCAACAACGAAAAUAACAGCAACAGCAACAACAGUAGCAACAAUAACAACAGUAACAACGACAACAAAAAUAACAAUGACGACAGCAGCAGCAGCAAUGACAGCCAAAGUCGUGGUGAGGAGGGCGGCAAAACGAAUGCCAGCACAAAUACGAAACCAACGCGCAGCAAUAACGGUAAUGUUAAUCACUAAACAAAAAGUGACGGUGAUAGGAAAAGCGGCAAAGCCUUUUUUUAUAGCUAUGUUUGAUUUGUGGUGUAAGUGUCAGCGUACGGCCACGCAGCGCGGGUGUGUCUGGCUGAGUGACUGUUUGAUGGAGUGCUUGAAUGAUUGAAUGAGCACUUGUGCGUUGCUGUGCGUAUAACUGUGCUUUAACGAAUGCCUACCUUAACAGCUUGCGUUGCACCACCUGUAUUUAUUUGCCCGCCAAACUGCCAAUCCACGAAUCGCUCAUUAGUACUAAGCACACUGCUUGUACUUCGCCAACUAACAGUCGCGGCUAAGUCUGGCGGCGCGUAAGCCAAAUUGUAAGCGUUUCAAGUUGCCACAGCGUCGUUGCUUGUUUGUUGUGGGGCACGUGGGUAGUGGGUAAGUGUAGCAAUAUUAUUAACAAAUAAUAUCGACACAUUUAUUUUUAUUUGAAUUUAGCUGCAACACAUAUUUUGGUCAUUAAAUAUGAGUGCUCUUAUGCUAUAUGUUAAGCGCUUAUGUUAGCGUAUAUUUUUUCUGCAAUUAUAGCUGUAUUUCAAUGACAGUUGCAAUCAUAAUCAAUGAAUUCUAAAUUCAGACAAAUCCGAAAAAAAGACAGAACAGAAAAUUUUUUUUUAAAAAUUUGAAAAAAAUUAGUCAAAAAAUUUAAAAAUUUGUUAUUAAAUAAAAAAAUUCACCCACGCUUAUCCUAGCAAAAUUCCCCUUAGUGAAUAUGUUAUGGGUUGUGUCUUUAUUUUACUGUCUGCAUUUUGAUUUCAUCGAUUUCAACUGUCUGGCUUAAAUGCUAAACUCUAAAAUUAUAUUUGUAUUGUUUGCCUCAUGUCUCAUCAUCAUUAUUCAUUCCGAGUUAUUGCUAAUAUUUUUAUACCAUAUAUAUGACCAAUGAUUUGUUUUUUGAAAUCUUAGGCAAAAUUCUCUAAUAUUUUAGUCGAAACGAGCAAUUUUUGGAAAGAAUUUUAUUUUAUUUUAUUUUCAACUAUUUUAUUUUCGAAAAAUUCUAAAAGAAAAAUGACAUCAAACACUAUAACCAUUUAUUUACACAAGUUUUGAACGAAUAUUAUGAAUACUCAGAUCACGUUUUAUUUGUAUUUAAAUUUAUUUAUCUUUCCAAUAUUGCUUUCCAUGAGUAAAACUUUCAUAUCUGAUAGUAGGUACUAUAUACAUAACUUUAGGGAAAGGUAAGGGUUUUAAGUUAAAAAAAAUACUUUUUUUUGCCAAUUUAUUUCAUAAAUAUGGAUUGAGUAAUUUUAUUCGGAUCUGUUGUACAUUAUUGAUCACACUUUUCACAAUAUAGGGUAAUUUUUCAUCCAGAAAUAUUGAAUCAUAAACCGGUAACAGAGCUUCCCUCAGAAC